AGAAGUUUAUACGCAAAAGCAUACACAGGUAGACAUGGUGUCAUUUAGAAAGGACGAUUCAGUUUGCGACAUGUUUUGUGAAAGAAGACUCACGCCGCCCCAGCAGACUGCUCGGCACAGAAAGCAGAGACUUUUGUCCAAACUGGGAGACUCUGGAUUCGAGGACGAUCUGGUUUCCUCUCCCAUUCCGCCCCGUUGUCGGACGGAUGCAUCCCAACUGGAGUCAGAAGAACCAGAGUCCGGCGAUGGACAGCUGUCCCACUGGUACCUUCAGUACGGAGACGUCGGUUUCAGGAUCCAGAGGGAGAAAGAGGCGCAGUUUCAUCCCUGCCAAAGCCUGGCACGUCAACCACAACUGACUGCAGAUGCACGCUGUAAGCUGGUGAGCUGGCUCAUCCCCGUCCAUAAACUCUUCCGUCUGUCCUUUGAGUGCUGCUGCCUGACAGUGAACAUCAUGGACAGGUUCCUGGCGUCCACUCCAGUGGCCACAGACUGCUUCCAGCUCCUGGGUGUCACUGCUCUCCUCUUAGCCAGUAAACAGGUGGAGGUACGCUCGCCAUCGGUCAGCUAUCUCUUGUCUCUGUGCUGUGAUGCUUUCACCAAGGAGCAGUUCUGCAACCUGGAGUGCCUCGUCCUGCUUCGCCUUAACUUUCGCCUCGCCUCGCCCACCCUGGCCUUCUUCCUGGAUUACUUCAGCAAUCUUGUCAAGGCUGCCAAGUUUGUGAUUAAGAACAAUAUCAGUGACGGCUUCUCAGCAGUGAGUUCAGAGAUAGCAAAGAUCAGAAAGUGCCGUGAGCUUGCAGAAAACGUAUGUGAGUUGACUCUAGCAGACUAUGCUUUCAAUAAAUACCCACCAUCUCUGAUUGCUUGCUGUGCCUUGAGACUUGCAUGUGAAUUAUUGAGAACCGAACACUGCUUUGCAGACCAGGCAGCCGUAGAGUUGGUGGAAAACCAAUGGGAAUGUUUCAGUGGAGAUCCAUAUAUGCAGCCAGUUUGUAUCCAGUCAUGUGAAAGCUCUACCUUUAGUCCAGGUUUGACAGUGGAGGCGACUUCAGAUCAGGACUGCAGUCUGGUGCAGGAAUGCAAAGACAACCUAAAGAUGUUGGUGUCACUGAAUCAGGAGACUUUAAAAGUGAUGCCAUGAAAAUAAAACAUCAAAAAGCUGGUUUAAUUUUUUUUCUUAGUUUAUUAUGAUGUGUGUGAGAAGCAGUGCAUGAUGAUGAUAUGUUUUUGUAGACGUGAGCUGCAUAAAUCCUUCAUGAACAGUCAUAUG